AUGGCGGUGAUUCCGGUUGCCGUAUCCUUAAUGGUGACACUCAUAUCUGGAAUAACGAUGUUUGGAGUACCAGCAGAGGUGUAUAUGUACGGUAUGCAGAUGUUCAUUGGUACAACAGCAAUUUUCUUUUCCAACUUGUUGAAUAUGCAUCUACUUUUACCAGCGCAAAAGAAGCUGAGAAUCACCAGUGUGAAUCAGGGAACAAUAGAGACAGGUGGCGCAGCAAGCACAUGGAAAAUCGUCAGUGAUAAGGGACGGAUCAACAUGCUUAAUUUUGAUCCCGACCCAACCGCACGGCAAUCGUUUUGGAGCCUUACAGUGGGAUGUCUUAUCUAUGGGUUUGGAACGCAAUUCCGGCAGUCGAUAUUUCAAAGAAUCAAAGCAACACCGAAUGUGUCGACAGCCAAAAGAAUGUUCUUCCUAGCAUCUGUGUUGGCGCUAAUGGUAAAUGGGCUAGCCUUCAUAGCAGGCGCAGUCAUUUUCGCCUACUACCAUGCACAAGGAUGUGACCCAUUGGUAUCAAAGCAGGUCACUAAUCCGAAUCAGUUAAUGGCGAAAAUGGUAACAGACAUAUUUCAGGAUACACCCUGUCUCCCAGGACUGUUCCUGGCGUCCGUUUUUAGUGCUUCGCUGAGUACCAUGUCAUCUCUAUUGAGUGCAUCCGCUGCCAUGUUUUGGGAAGAUAUCGUCAAACCACAUACCAAACCAAUGUCGGAAAGACGGGCACUUGUCAUUGUACAAUUUGCAGUUCUAUGUUUUGGAGGUCUUGGUAUACUAGUUGCCAUUGCUGUGUCUGGGAUCAAAGGACCUAUGUCGUGGAUACUUCAUGUAACAGAAUCCACAUUUGUUGGUGCACUCACGGGAAUAUUUGUCCUCGGAUGGUUUAUACCGAAAGCAAAUAGUUUGGGCGGUUUAAUCGGCGGUUUGGUGAGUGUUCUGUUCGUAGGAUGGAUAUCGCUCGGGAAAUUGCUCUCAUCAGGACAAUGCUUCCUGGAUAGCCAAUACAACUGA